AUGCAGAUCAAACCGCUCCUGACGUCGGCUAUUGUAGCCCUUUCAUUAGGUGCAGAUACCGUUGCUGCCUCUGAACAUGGCCGUUUUGCAGAGCUGUCUCGAAUUCCAAUGGCAAAGGCCAAAAGGGCUGUCGAGAUGACCAAGGAGCAUGUUAUCCGAGCCACUAAAAGCUUUCGCUUCUUGACCAGCAAGUCUAAGGCCUACCAGGUUGAUAGUUUGCCUGAAGUCAACUUUGACGUUGGCGAGAUGUAUGCAGGCUUGGUGCCAAUUGAGAAGGAUGAUCCUGACCGCGCCUUGUUUUUCAUUUUCCAGCCCACUAUCGGUGAACCUGUUGAUGAGGUUACGAUCUGGCUUAAUGGCGGUCCUGGCUGCAGUUCCAUGGAAGGCUUUUUGCAGGAGAAUGGUCGUUUCAUCUGGCCACCUGGUACCUAUGCUCCUGUUGAGAACCCCUACUCUUGGGUCAACUUGACCAACAUGUUGUGGGUUGAUCAACCAGUCGGAACUGGCUACUCUACUGGCACACCGACCGCCAAAUCCGAGGAAGAAAUUGCCCAAGACUUUGUCAAGUUCUUCAAGAACUUCCAGGAAAUCUUUGGAAUCAAGAACUUCAAGAUCUAUGUCACCGGCGAGAGCUACGCUGGGCGAUACGUGCCGUACAUUUCGGCCGCAAUCCUCGACGAGCAGAACAAGGAAUACUUUGACCUCCAUGGUGCCUUGGCCUACGAUCCCUGCAUCGGUCAAUUCGAUUGGGUCCAACAGGAAGCUCCGUCCGUCCCUCUCGUCCAGAACAACGCAAACCUAUUCGGUUUCAACGACACCUUCAUGGCCGAGCUCGACAAACUGCACAAGCAGUGUGGAUACGCCGAUUACAUCGAAAAGUAUCUGACCUUCCCCCCACCCGAGCACCAGCCGACCAAGAUCUUCAACUACACCACAGACUCCGACUGCGAUCUCUUCGACCUGAUCUACGAAGAAGCCUUCAGCGUCAACCCAUGCUUCGACCUGUACGAGAUUACAACAAUGUGCCCCCUCCUAUGGGACGUACUAGCAUUCCCCGGCUCCCUCGGAUACCAGCCCGCGGGCGCAGACAUCUACUUCGAUCGCGCGGACGUGAAGAAAGCCCUCCACGCCCCCAACAUCACCUGGUCCGAGUGCUCCGACGAAAGCGUGUUUGUCGGCGGCUCCGCCGGCCCCGAGCAAGAGGGAGAUAUUUCCGCAAACCCUAUCGAGAAGGUCCUGCCCCAGGUUAUUGAGGCGACGAACCGCGUGCUCAUCGGCAACGGUGACUAUGACAUGGUUAUCAUCACCAACGGUACCCUGCUCUCUAUUCAGAACAUGACCUGGAACGGUCACCUUGGAUUCCAGAAGAAGCCUGAGACCCCGAUCGAUAUUCAGCUUACGGAUCUCCAGUAUGCGAGCGUUUUCGCGGAGAAUGGCAUGUCUGGACUUGACGGGGCACAGGGUAUUAUGGGUAUCCAGCAUUAUGAGCGUGGAUUGAUGUGGGUUGAGACUUAUCAGUCUGGACAUAUGGAGCCUCAGUACCAGCCCCGUUCGUCUUACCGUCACCUUCAGUGGUUGCUCAACCGCACCCAGGAGAUCUAA